AUGAUUUUUCUUACACAGGAUUGUGAAGUGGUAAAGAAGACCUCUGGGGAGCGACUGACAUCCGACAUCCAUCCCCAUGAGACCACCCCCAUCACAGAGCCUCCACCUCACUCCGUGACACCUGAGAUAAAUGACAAGAAGGUCUUCACCCUACAAGUUGAGGUUAAAGAAGAAGAAGAGAAGACAACUGUGCAUGGAGAUCAGCAGUCUAUGGAGGAGGGAGGUCCUCUGUGUUCCCGGGAUUCCACACUGGAAGAUCACAACUAUGCGCAACGUGACCAGGGCGAAAAACUGCUUGAUGUAAAAGUUGAGAUUAAACAGGAAGAAGAGAAGUAUGUGAGGGAUCAUCGUAAGUCCGCGGAGGAGGAAGAAGUGAGGGCAGAAAAGGAGAAAUCUUCUCUACAUAUUCGCAUGGAGGGACGCAAUGUCUUGAAUGACUCGGAGGGUGACCUUCCUUUACCUCCAGAAGAGAAUGGCAUUGCACAAUGUCCUCCAGGAGCAAAUCCUGUUACUGAAAAUCUACAUAGACCUUCCAAUGAGAUCAGUUCCAUGGAUCCCUCUAAUAGCAAAGAACAAUCUUCUGGAAAAUCACUCGCUGUGAGAUGUACAAGUGAUAAGCGAUUCCAGUGUUCCGAAUGCGAUAAAGUUUUUAAAUACAAGGACAGACUUGUGAGGCAUUUCAUGGUGCACACCGGCGUGCGGCCCUAUUCUUGCUCAGAGUGCGGGAAGACCUCUGCAUCCAAAUCGGACCUUCUCAGGCACGUGAGAGUUCACACAGAUGAAAGACCUUUCUUGUGUACAGCGUGCGGGAAAGGUUUUAGAGAGAGAAAGCAACUCGUCGAGCAUGAGCGCCUCCACACCGGUGAAAACCCUUUUGCGUGUUCCGAAUGUGGCAAGAAAGUAAGAACCAGACGUCUCCUCAUCAUGCACAAGCAAUUGCACGUGACGGGGUAUCCCUUUCCCUGUUCCGAAUGUGACAGACAGUUUAAACAGAAGGCCGCCCUCGUUCGACAUCAGAAACUCAAUUGCCGGAACAGUUCAUCGCUGUGCUCGGAGUGCGGGAAGAGCUUCACCAGUAAAUAUGAACUCCGAGUACAUAUGAGGCAUCACAGCGGAAAGAAGGUCUUUCCGUGCUCGGAGUGCGGGAAGUCCUUCAUAUGGAAAGCGGACCUUGUUGCGCACCAGAGAGUUCACAGCGGCAGAAGUCACACAAGAGAGCUCAGGAAGUCCAAAUCAGCACAGCAGAAAGGUCACUCCAGGGCGGAAAGGUUUUCAUGCUCGGAAUGUGAGAAAUCCUUUGUACGGAAAGGGGACCUGGUUGUCCACCAGAGAGUUCACAACGGCGAGAAGCCCUUCCCGUGCUCUGAGUGUGGGAAAAGCUUCACACGGAAAGCAAACCUUGUUAUCCACCAGAGAAUCCACGCUAGUGAGAAGUCCUUCCCGUGCUCUGAGUGCGGGAAGUCCUUCAUACGGAAAGCGGACCUUGUUGUCCAUCAGCAAGUCCAUGCCAGUGAGAAGCCCUUCCCGUGCUCUGAGUGUGGGAAAUCCUUUGUGCGGAAAGUGGACCUUGUUGUCCACCAGAGAGUCCACGCCAGUGAGAAGCCGUUCCCGUGCUCUGAGUGUGGGAAGUCCUUUGUGCGUAAAGUGGACCUUAUUGUCCACCAGAGAGUUCACACCGGCGAGAAGCCCUUCCCAUGCUUUGAAUGUGGGAAUUCCUUCAUGCGGGAAGCCGACCUUGUUAUCCACCUGAGAGUCCACGCCAGUGAGAAGCCCUUCCCGUGCUCUGAGUGUGGGAAAGGCUUCGUGCGGAAUGCAGACCUUGUUAUCCACCAGAGAGUUCACACCGGCGAGAAGCCCUUCCCGUGCUCCGAAUGCGGAAAAUCCUUCAUGCGGAAAGUGGACCUUGUUGUCCACCAGAGAGUCCACGCCAGUAAGAAGCCCUUCCCGUGCUCUGAAUGUGGGAAAUCCUUCAUGCGGAAAGUGGACCUUGUUGUCCACCGGAGAGUUCACACCGGCGAGAAGCCUUAUCCCUGUUCUGAAUGUGGCAAAUAUUUCUCCAUUCAGCAAAGACUCGAUAACCACAUGAAACUCCACACUGGCGAGAAGCCGUUUUCUUGUGAAGAGUGCGGGAAAGGUUUCAUAAAGCAACAAUACCUUGUCAUCCACCAGAUAACUCACUCGGGCCAGCAAUUUUCGUGUUCAUGA